AUGAAAAUUUUGUUACUACUCGUGUCUUUGGGGUUUGCCUCUGCUAGUGGCAAUCAGACCUCCACAACAGCCUCUCCGGAUCAGCAUGAGCCCGAUAACAUCAUAACUAACGGCUACCCAGCCUACGAGGGAAAAGCUCCCUACAUUGUCAGUCUUCUGAUAAGAACUGAUGGCAGCAAUAGACUUGCAAUUGGCGGGGGAACCAUCAUCGCCCACACUUGGGUGCUAACUGCUGCCCACUGCCUCACCACGGACUACGUGGACAUUCAUUACGGCUCUAAUUGGCGUGGCAGAGGUCAAUAUAGUCACAGAGUUCGAAACAAUAACUUCAUUCGGCACCAUCUCUGGCCUAAUACAAAUGGCAAUGACAUCGGUCUGAUACGCACUCCUCACGUGGAUUUCACUAACAGGGUCAACAAGGUCAAUCUUCCCAGUUUGAAUCGACGAAACGAGCUCUUUGAGAACUGGUGGGCAGUUGCUUGUGGUUGGGGUGGACAGGCUAAUGGCCAACUGGCUGAAUGGCUACAGUGCGUCGAUCUACAGAUCAUGAGCAACAACGAGUGUUCCCGAACCUAUGGCAAUAUACCUGGGGGCAUUUUGUGUGUGAGAACACCUGGUGGCAAAUCCACCUGUGGUGGGGACUCUGGCGGACCAUUGGUUACACACGAUAAUCCCGUUUUGGUAGGUGUAACAUCUUUCGUUUCGGGCGCCGGCUGCAUGGCCGGACACCCAGCUGGGUUUACACGUGUGACCGCCCACUUGGACUGGAUACGUCAGAACUCAGGCGUCGCUUAUUACUAAUAUAAAAAAAAAAAAAACAACUAAUAAAGGCGCAUGA